GUGGCUAUUCUUAGUGCGCAUUUUAGGUGUUUAUUAUAGCGCUUAUCUUAGCAACGAGCGUAGAACGAUAAGACGAUUAGCCAGCGAGAAGGGCACAACCGCAAUCGGAGAUCGGAGACUAGCCGUUGAGAAUGGCCGGAAGAGACCGUUAUCUCCCGUCCUCCUCCUCCUUGAGAGUAUCGGAAUCUCAGCUCACCGAAUCCGAUAUGAACCGUACUCGAUCCGCCCUCCUCGAGGAGAAAAUCGCAGCUCAGCACCGCGAGAUCCAAUCCAUCCUGACGGACAACCAGAAGCUAGCAUUAGCGCACCUCGGAGUCAAGGAUCAGCUCAAUUUAGCCAAGCGCGAGCUCGCUCGGCUCCUCGAAGCCGCCGCGGCCGUCAAGUCCGAUACCGAAGCGAAGGUUCGCGAGGUUUACCAGAACUCGCUGAGGAUGGAGGCGGAGGCUCGUGUGGUUAACGGAAUCGGAGCUGAGCUUGAUCAGGUUAGGUCGGACGUGCAGAGGCUAGCUGAAGAUAGGCAGAAGCUAACGGCGGAGCUGGCGAUGCUUAACGGGGAGAUCGCUAAGGCUAAACCUAAUUCGGAUCGUGCCGUGGAGGUUAAGGCGGAGAUUGAGAGUCUUAGAGAAGAAGUUAGUAAAGGAAGAGCUGCUCUUGAUCUGGAGAAGAAGACGCGAGCGAGUAAUCUUCACCAUGAGCGUGGUAUGGAGAAGACUAUUGAUCACUUGAAUCGUGAAAUUGUGAAACUUGAGGAAGAGUUGGCUGACUUGGAGACCAAAGCUAAAGCAGCUGCUGAGGCAGCUCAAACCCCAAGCCCUGGAUUGGUGGCAAGUUAUGGAAACUCAGAUGAUAUUUAUGGAAGCCAAGGUCACCAGUACCCUGAGGCCAAUGGUUCUCACCAGGUACAUGGAUCCCUGGACUGUCUUCCUCAACAACCGGCUAACAAUACACAACACUCUAGUGUACCGUGAUAGAGCUAGCUGGCGGAUUUGUGUUGUACAAUAAUUAAGCAGGUCUUAGGUUGUUCUUUCAAUACCAUGUGAUCUUUUUUUCAAAGUUCUGUAGGAUCAGUAUUAAAACAUUCUUUUUCAAAAAGUAUAAUAUAGAAUUCAUGACUCUCCAUCUACAGACCAAUUGUUAAACCAAAAUGUAUUCAACAUUGUUCAGAGGAAAAGUGAUUUAAACUGUGGCCA